UCUGCCUGGGCUAGUAGUGCAGGUGUCGCUGCGCCGGGGCCGGGGAGGCUGCGCGCCGAGCGGAGCGGAGCCAGGGAGGGAUGGAGAACGGACCGCCCGGGCUGCAGGAGCACCGGCGUGGGGCGUAGGCGGGCGAGAGGCGGGCGCUAAGGCACGAGAAGUGUGCAGGCGCGGGAGCACUUUGCGAUAGGAUGAGGCUCUUGGCUGGCGCGCGGUAGUACUAUGAUUUGGUAUGUGGCCACUUUGAUAGCAAGUGUGAUCAGCACCCGAGGUCUCGCGGCUCAAGUCGCCCACGGCCUGCGAGAAGAGCCAGAGUUUGUGACAGCCCGAGCUGGCGAGGGUGUGGUCUUGCGAUGCGACGUGAUCCACCCUGUGACGGGACAGCCCCCACCCUAUGUGGUAGAGUGGUUCAAGUUUGGCGUCCCCAUCCCUAUCUUCAUCAAGUUUGGCUAUUACCCGCCCCACGUGGACCCUGAAUAUGCAGGCAGGGCCAGUCUUCACGACAAAGCGUCUCUACGGCUGGAGCAGGUGCGCUCCGAGGACCAGGGCUGGUAUGAAUGCAAAGUGCUCAUGCUGGACCAACAGUAUGACACAUUCCACAAUGGCAGCUGGGUGCAUCUCACCAUCAACGCCCCUCCCACCUUUACAGAAACACCCCCCCAGUACAUCGAGGCCAAGGAGGGUGGCAGUAUCACCAUGACCUGCACAGCAUUUGGGAACCCGAAGCCCAUCGUCACCUGGCUCAAGGAGGGGACACUUCUUGGUGCUAGUGGGAAAUACCAGGUGAGUGAUGGCAGCCUGACAGUGACAUCGGUCAGUCGGGAGGACAGAGGUGCCUACACCUGUCGAGCAUACAGUAUCCAGGGGGAGGCUGUGCAUACCACACACCUGCUUGUCCAAGGGCCUCCUUUCAUUGUUUCUCCUCCCGAAAACAUCACCGUCAACAUCUCCCAGGAUGCUCUGCUCACCUGCCGGGCAGAGGCGUAUCCCGGCAACCUCACCUACACCUGGUACUGGCAGGAUGAGAAUGUCUACUUCCAGAAUGACCUGAAGCUAAGGGUGAGAAUUCUGAUCGAUGGGACCCUGAUCAUCUUCCGGGUGAAGCCAGAGGAUGCCGGGAAGUACACCUGUGUCCCCAGUAACAGCUUGGGGCGCUCCCCCUCAGCCUCCGCAUACCUGACUGUGCAGUACCCAGCCCGUGUCCUGAACAUGCCCCCCGUCAUCUACGUGCCUGUGGGAAUCCAUGGCUACAUCCGUUGCCCUGUGGACGCAGAGCCACCGGCCACCGUGGUGAAGUGGAACAAGGAUGGGCGCCCCCUGCAGGUUGAGAAGAACCUGGGUUGGACCUUGAUGGAGGACGGGUCCAUUCGAAUUGAGGAGGCCACAGAGGAGGCCCUUGGCACUUACACCUGUGUGCCUUACAACACCUUGGGAACCAUGGGCCAGUCUGCCCCUGCAAGGCUCGUCCUGAAGGAUCCCCCGUAUUUCACGGUGCUACCAGGCUGGGAGUACAGGCAGGAGGCCGGCCGAGAGCUGCUCAUCCCCUGUGCGGCUGCAGGGGACCCUUUCCCCGUCAUCACGUGGAGGAAGGUAGGGAAGCCCAGCAGAAGCAAGCACAAUGCCCUGCCCAGUGGAAGUCUCCAGUUUCGUGCCCUGAGUAAGGAGGACCACGGAGAGUGGGAGUGUGUCGCCACCAACGUGGUCACCAGCAUCACUGCCAGCACCCACCUCACCGUUAUUGGCACCAGCCCCCAUGCCCCAGGCAGCAUCCGGGUCCAGGUCUCCAUGACAACUGCCAACGUGUCCUGGGAGCCGGGCUAUGAUGGGGGAAGCGAGCAGACAUUCUCAGUCUGGUACGGACCUCUGAUGAAGCGAGCACAGUUUGGGCCCCAUGACUGGCUGUCCUUGCCAGUGCCCCCGGGCCCUAACUGGUUACUAGUGGACAGCCUGGAGCCUGAGACAGCAUACCAGUUUAGUGUCCUGGCCCAGAACAAGCUGGGGACCAGCGCCUUCAGUGAGGUGGUCACUGUGAACACUUUAGCAUUCCCUAUUACAACUCCAGAACCCCUGGUGCUGGUUACUCCACCGAGGUGCCUCACAGCCAACCGGACCCAGCAGGGCGUACUCCUGUCCUGGCUCCCACCUGCCAACCACAGCUUCCCCAUCGACCGCUAUAUCAUGGAGUUCCGUGUCGGGGAGCGCUGGGAGAUGCUAGAUGAUGGCAUCCCGGGCACCGACGGAGAGUUCUUUGCCAAGGAUUUGUCCCAGGACACAUGGUAUGAGUUCCGGGUUCUGGCUGUCAUGCAGGAUCUGAUCAGUGAGCCCAGCAACAUUGCCGGCGUCUCCAGCACAGACAUCUUCCCCCAGCCGGACCUGACCGACGACGGGCUGGCCCGGCCUGUGUUGGCUGGAAUCGUGGCUACCAUCUGUUUCCUGGCAGCUGCUAUCCUGUUCAGCACCCUGGCCGCUUGCUUUGUCAACAAGCAGCGCAAGCGUAAGCUCAAGCGCAAAAAAGACCCUCCGCUCUCCAUCACUCACUGUAGGAAGAGUCUCGAGUCUCCCUUGUCCUCAGGCAAGGUGAGCCCGGAGAGCAUCCGGACCCUGCGUGCUCCCUCCGAGUCCUCUGAUGACCAGGGCCAGCCUGCGGCCAAGAGGAUGCUGAGCCCCGCCCGGGAGAAGGAGCUGUCUUUAUACAAGAAAACCAAGAGAGCCAUCAGUAGCAAGAAGUACAGCGUGGCCAAGGCCGAGGCUGAGGCCGAAGCCACCACCCCCAUCGAGCUCAUCAGCAGAGGCCCCGAUGGCCGAUUCGUGAUGGACCCCUCAGAGAUGGAGCCCUCGCUCAAGAGCCGGCGCAUCGAGGGCUUUCCCUUCGCCGAGGAAACUGACAUGUACCCUGAGUUCCGCCAGUCGGAUGAGGAGAACGAGGACCCACUGGUGCCCACGUCUGUGGCUGCCCUGAAGCCCCAGCUGACCCCUCUGUCAUCCAGCCAGGAGUCAUAUCUGCCUCCACCAGCAUACAGCCCUCGGUUCCAGCCCCGCGGUCUGCAGGACCCUGGCAGUCUAGAAGGUCGGCUGCAGGCCACGGGCCAGGCCAGGCCUCCUGCGCCCCGGCCUUUUCACCACGGCCAGUAUUAUGGGUACCUCAGCAGCAGUAGUCCUGGGGAGGUUGAACCUCCGCCUUUCUACAUGCCAGAAGUGGGCAGCCCCCUGAGCUCAGUGCUGUCAUCCCCACCCUUGCACGCUGAGGGGCCCUUCGGGCACCCCACCAUCCCGGAGGAGAACGGAGAGAACGCGUCCAACAGCACACUGCCCUUGACUCAGACGCCCACGGGGGGACGCUCCCCUGAGCCCUGGGGCCGGCCAGAAUUCCCCUUCGGAGGGCUGGAGACCCCAGGCAUGAUGUUCCCCCACCAGCUGCACCCCUGUGAAGUGGCGGAGAGUUUGCAGCCCAAGGCCUGCCUGCCCCAGGGACUGCCCCCUGGCUCCCUGCAGGUGCCCGCGGCCUAUCCGGGCAUCCUCUCUCUGGAGGCGGCAAAGGGCUGGGCGGGCAAGUCGCCCGGCAGGGGCCCCGGCCCCAUACCUCCUGCCGCCAAGUGGCAGGACAGACCGGUGCAGCCUCUGGCCAGCCAAGGGCAGCUAAGACAUACCAGCCAAGGUAUGGGCAUACCCGUUUUGCCUUACCCCGAGCCGGCCGAGCCGGGGGGGCACGGCGGCCCCAGCACAUUCGGCCUGGACACCCGGUGGUAUGAGCCCCAGCCCCGGCCCCGGCCCAGUCCCCGGCAGGCCCGGCGUGCCGAGCCCAGUUUACAUCAAGUGGUGCUACAGCCCUCCCGGCUCUCACCUCUGACCCAAAGCCCCCUGAGCUCCCGCACUGGCUCCCCUGAGCUCGCCGCCCGCGCCCGGCCCCGCCCGGGCCUCUUGCAGCAGGCCGAGAUGUCGGAGAUCACCCUGCAGCCGCCGGCCGCGGUCAGCUUCUCACGGAAGUCCACGCCGUCCACUGGCUCCCCAUCCCAGAGCAGCCGCAGCGGGAGCCCCAGCUACCGGCCUGCCAUGGGCUUCACUACCCUGGCCACGGGCUACCCCUCCCCGCCGCCGGGCCCAGCCCCUGCAGCCCCUGGGGACAACUUGGAUGUGUUUGCACAGACGCCUUCCCCUCGGAGGAUGGGGGAGGAGCUGCUUCGGCCGGAGCCCCCAACAACUUUACCUACUUCAGGAACUCUAUCGUCUGUACCCGGGAAUGCUGCCGCACCUGAGAGGCUGGAGGCUCUGAAAUACCAACGGAUAAAGAAGCCCAAAAAGUCCUCCAAGGGCCCUUCGAAGUCAAAGAAACGAUCCGAUGGUUCUGCCUCCCAGGCUCAGCAGCCUCCCAACUCUCAGGUUCUGUGGCCCGACGAAGCUGUCUGCCUCCGGAAGAAGAAGAGACACUCUCGUCCUGACCCCUUUGCCCGACUCUCGGACUUGUGCCACCGUCAGCUUCCAGAAGACCAGACGGCCAUCCUCACUAGUGUGGACCACGAUGACCCAGGCCACGCCACUCUGCUGUGACCCACCUCUCCUCUAAGUGUCCCCAGGGCCAGGGCGCUGGGCUGAGUAGGCAGGGUGGGACUGCAUGUGGGGACUUGUCUUCCUCUGUCUGCUCAAAGGGUACCCAGACCUCUGUCCUGGCUGCCUUCUUCGGCAGACAGUAGUGCCCCCAUUUCCUGGUCCGUGGGCACUGUCUAUGGAACAGAGGGCUGAGGACAGAUAUUCCACCCAGAGGUCAGGGAGUGAAUUGGGGACAGGGAGGCCUCUGUCUUUUUCCACCCCUCUCCUUUUCACUGGAUUGAUUUUUCUUCCCUCUUAAAAUGUCUUUGGAAGUCAAGGCAAUGGAUUUGCUGCCCUCUGCUACUAUUUUAGUUCUUUGAGCCCUGGAAGAGGACUGAACUUUGUCCUGUCUUCCAAAUUCCACAGAUCUAUAGAUAUAGAUACAAAUGCACGUCUGUAGCUGGUAGACCACUCUAUGUGUCUCAAUGCACUGAAGCAAGCGCUCUUUCUGUGGCUCAUGAAGGCAGGAAGAAGAGGGCAGUGGACGGUGAGGUCUAUAGAGCGGUGCUAGCAGCUGGCUGGCAGGGAGCCCUCCUACCGCCCUGGGGAUUAUCCCUCCCGAAACAGAACUCACGCCUCUUGGCACAGCUCCCAUGUAGAGCAGGAGCGAGGUGGGUCUGCUGCAGUUCUAGCUGCCUGCUCUGGUGGCGGGGUGGGGGUGGGGGUUCAGCAAUGAGGCACUAUAAAACUAAACAUGAGCCUUUGAUGCUUGGUUCCUGAUGAAGAAAGGGUAACCAGGCACAGGCCAACUGGCUUCUUCCUUCCUUCCACAGUUUGGCUCAUGCUACGGAAAUAGAAGCUGCUUAUCAGUGGGGUUGGCAGGCACCAGUUCUAGGUCAUCCUUUGGUCCCCUGUGGGCCGGCUGGGCCAGGAGCCUUGCUGCCAAAGGGUCUGGUUCUGGAGCCCCUUAUGCUAUCACCGACUGCCACAGCUUUAUUUAUAUCCUCCCUGGCUCUGUGCUCUCUGAGCGCCGCCCUAGGGCUGCUGACUGGAUCCUCCUACCCCUUUGUGGGAGCUAAUUCUGUAGAUUGAUUAAUUGCCACGUGUGUAGAGCCUGCUUGCCUUCCCAAGCUUGUCACGGGCGGGCUCUUCUCUGCACUGUGGAUGCAAGCUCCGAUACGGUGGGAUCAGAUGAGGCUGGGUGCCUUGGUUGAGGCACCCUAGAUCCCCGACUUUCUGCUGUUAAGUAGAGCUGGCUGAGGCACAGGAAUGCUGGAAGAGGGCUGGACGCAGGGGCCCAGGCCCUGAUCCUUGCUUCCUCAACAUCUUGUCCUACUUCAAGCUAUUAGCACCCAGAAGCUUCUGUGCAGUCAUCUUCCUGCUAAGAUACGUUCUCUCUUCCAAUCAGUUCAUGGUGCUGCCCAAGAAUGGCUUCCAAGGCCAAGGGUGGGGAAGACAGAUCUCCUUCUCUGCCCCUCGUCUUCUGCAGUGGCCUACCUUACUGAGCUGACCACGGUAAGGGUGGCAGCUAGGUUCCUUGAAGUAUUUCCUUCUUGGUGCUGCUGUCUUGGUAGGUCUGAGGGCAUCUACCUCGCACCAACUACCUGCCUGGAUGUUAGCCACAUCAAAGGCCAAAAGGGCUGCUGGUGGUGGUUCAGUCUGAUGGCACAGAGGCAGGAACGCAGCCAGAUGACGUAGGAGGCGGGGCCUCCACCGUCUGUAAGUGGAUUCUCCUGCAGCUCUGCUGGCCAAGCCCUGGUGCUUCGUUCUCUUGCCUAGUAAGCCAGGGACUGGUUCUACCCUUGAGGCUCUGCCAGGCUAGCCACACCUUCUAUAGUAUAUUU